CAUGGGAGGCUCGCGGAAACGCCUCCAGCGCAGCGAUUUGCUGACCGUGAAAACAUUAGAGCGCUGCCUUACAGGUGUGAGACACUGUAAUGACUGCUGUGCAAUUUUCUAAGAUUCCUGGACAUAGGCCUACAUUUGAUAGAAAUAAGGAGGCGUACUUGGCUAAGCGACCCGUGCAAUGUCGGUAUUUGUGUAGAUACCAGCUGGUGCAAGUGUUCACAAAAUGAAACGUGUUCAAAUAGACGACUUUAUAGCUGGGUGGAUAGGGGGUGCUACCAGUGUUAUUGUUGGGCAUCCUUUUGAUACUGUAAAGACUCGUUUGCAAGCUGGACAGGAGUACAAAAACACUCUUCAGUGUAUUCUCACAGUCUACAGAAAGGAAAAUGUGACAGGAUUUUUCAAAGGCCUUUCUUUCCCUUUAGCCAGCAUUACCCUCUACAACUCUGUAGUGUUUGGUGUCUUCAGCAAUACACAGCGACUGUUAACUCAGUUGCGCUAUGGGACUGAAAGACAUGAAUCUGAUCUGCUAACUCUGGUGCUAUCCAGCAUGACUGCAGGCCUCCUCUCUGUUGGAAUCGGUGCCCCUGUGGAUUUGGUAAAGAUACGACUGCAGAUGCAAACACAGUCCAUCGUAACCGAAAAUUUCAACCUGGCAGGCAAUGUUUCCUUGCGUACAGUCAGUCUCCAUGAACCUUCAUACUACAGAGGGCCUGUUCACUGUAUCAGCACUAUUGUUCAGAAUGAGGGGAUCAGUGGUCUUUACCGUGGAGCUGGGGCCAUGGUUCUCAGGGAUAUCCCAGGAUAUACAGCUUAUUUUGUUCCUUACACAUUCCUUUGUGGGUGGCUUACUCCAGAAGGAGAUGUAGCACCUAACUGUAUUACAAUUUGGCUUGCUGGGGGUUUAGCGGGGUCAAUUUCCUGGGGGACAGCCACUCCAGCAGAUGUUAUAAAAAGCCGCUUGCAAGCAGACAAAAGUCGACAAAGGAAAUACAAAGGAAUUACACAUUGCAUUUUGGAAAGUUACAGAGCAGAAGGCCUGCAGGUUUUCUUUCGUGGAGCAGCUGUAAACACCAUCCGGGGCUUUCCCAUGAGUGCCACAAUGUUUCUAAGCUAUGAACUUUCCCUGAAGUUGUUCCGUGGAUUAUGAAAAGGCAAAAUUGAGUUUUGGACAUUUCCUCUGUUUGUAUCUCAAAAAGGUUGGAUCGAUACUUCUUGCAUGCAAGAAGCAUCAGAUAUUUCAGUUAACAAUAGAACAUGUUUGUGCCAUACAAUUGUAUUUAAAAAAGUAAUAUCAACUAUAUUACUCACAAAUGUGUUUUUAUUGUGUCUUCAUGAUGCUGGUAGUGUGAAGUGAGAAAAUUAAAAGAAUAUAUUGUAUAUACCAUAAAGAACCAUAGAAGAAAACCAAUAUUGUGUAUUGUAUGAAUCAAAUAACUGAAAGUAUUUUGGAAAGAAUAACAUGUAUUGUAAUAAAGAAACUUUGAGAAGAGACUUUGUCCAGUCUACAGUAGUCCACGGCCGGUAUUUCAAGAGUCUUAUUUUGUUCUGUAAGGAACGGCCUUCCUACUGCUGCUGGCUCUGUCAAACCUACAGCACAAACUGUCCUCCUCACAAUAGAAACUGUGACUUGCUUUUUUCAACCACUGUUAAGCUGUUUUGCUGUGAAGAGCCUGUCAUGGAAGCUGGUGACCCUCAGAAACUUGUCUUCUGAUUGUGUUGUGACUUUUGGGUUUGCAAGAUCCCUUCUUAAAAGAGUUUCUUCCAGUCCAAUCCAAUUACUUUUGGAUUGUGUAGGAAACCAUACUACACUUUGAUUUUUUUUUUUUUUUUUUGCAAUUUCUGUAAAUGAAAGGCCAAUGCUUCUAAGGGUAAUAAUCCUCUGUCUGAUUUCAUUUGUUAAGCGCUGUUUAUCACUAGAAUAUUUGUCCAAGAAGUAUUUCAGAGGGUGUAGUAACACAGUCUGUUCCAACUCUGCUUUCAGACAGACAGAGGGCUUUUAAUUAAUCAGCAGAAGCUGGGACACCUAUGCAAAUUGUAUCUUGCAAGGCUUAAAUUAACUUUAAUUGCUGCAAGAACAUCUGAAGGUUGUAACCUACUAGUUGUUCCCUGAAGAAGGCCUAUUUGUAAUAUUCUUAUAUUUUCUUUUAUUGAUUUUUGCUAACCUAAACUUUAAAUUUAAACCUCUGGCAGUUUGAUUCUUACAUUUUCACUAUUUUAGGUCAUUCGUUUAAUUUCAACUGAUUAAAUUUGAAGAAAAACUGGAAAAACUGAGGUGUUCUAAAAGUUUUGACCAGCAGUGAGUAUAUGCCUGGAAAGUUCUAUUACAAGGCAUGAUUAACAGAAUAUUUGAAUUUUUAGGACCACUGCUGCAAGAAAAAUCAUUGACCAUGAGCUUCAUGGCUUACUAAAAUGAUAUUUUUGAAAACUGUGACAAAAAAAUGUCUAACAACUAAAAAGUACACUUUCAUUUCAGAAUGUGAUAAACACCACUUUCCUUUUAGUACAAACUGCUAUAAAUUUUAACUAUAAGUACUGUACAAUCAGAUAAUAAAAG